GCAGAGGGGUGGCGGACAGUGUUGUGGUGUUGGAUGAUCUGUUCUAUGCAGCUCACAGCUUGGAGUGAAAAAGGUUCAACUCGAUCCGUAGCCCCGCAUUUUAUUAUUUCGAGUGGCGCCAGUCUGCUAUUUGGUUUUUCAUUUUGUGUAUAAAAUCUAUGCGCAGUAAUAAGAACUGUCAAUCGUUUUAGUUGCCCGGCCAAAACAAGUGCCAGCCGGGACUGUGCCGCCUGUGUUCCCGCAUCCGCAGUUCUCAAGAACAACAGAGUCGCUGCCACUGCCAACGCCGUCAUACCAACAGCAGGGCAGCGAUCAUGUUAACUAAAUUCGAGACUAAAAGUGCUCGGGUGAAGGGUCUGAGCUUCCACCCGCGCCGACCAUGGAUUCUUGCCUCACUUCACAAUGGCGUCAUCCAGCUGUGGGACUACCGGAUGUGCACGUUACUUGAUAAAUUCGACGAACACGAAGGCCCUGUGCGAGGUAUCUGUUUCCAUAAUCAGCAACCAUUAUUCGUGUCGGGUGGUGACGAUUAUCAAAUUAAGGUAUGGAAUUACAAGCAAAGGAAAUGUAUUUUCACGUUACUCGGUCACCUCGAUUACAUUCGGACAACGACAUUCCAUCACGAAUACCCCUGGAUAUUAUCGUCGUCUGAUGAUCAGACAAUUCGUAUUUGGAACUGGCAGAGUCGCACAUGCAUUUGUGUUCUCACAGGCCACACGCAUUAUGUCAUGAGUGCCCACUUUCACCCCUCCGAGGAUUUAAUGGUGUCAGCGUCAUUGGAUCAAACCAUCCGAGUCUGGGAUUUGCAAGGUCUUCGUAAAAAGAACGUCGCUCCCGGACCCGGAGGCCUGGAAGAACAUCUCAGAACGCCUGGCCACACCGACCUGUUCGGUACGUCCGACCUACUAAGCACAUCAGAUGCCGUGGUUCGCCACUUCUUGGAUGGCCACGAACGGGGUGUAAACUGGGCGGUGUUUCAUCCUACAAUUCCUUUAGUCGUGUCAGGUGCGGACGAUCGCCAAAUUAAAUUGUGGCGUCUAAAUGACGCAAAGGCCUGGGAAAUGGAUACUUGUCGGGGCCACUAUUCUAAUGUGUCUUGCGUGAUUUUCCACCCCAGACAAGAGCUUAUUCUGAGCAACUCGGAGGACAAAAGCAUUCGCGUAUGGGAUAUGGCGAAAAGAACCUGCCUGCACACCUUCCGUAGGGAGCAUGAUCGCUUUUGGAUUUUGACGGCUCAUCCGACACUGAACUUGUUCGCAGCGGGCCAUGAUAACGGUAUGGUUAUAUUUAAGUUAGACCGCGAAAGGCCAGCUCAUACGCUGCACGGUAACACCCUGUAUUAUGUCAAGGAACAAAACUUCAUGUUGGCAAACGUAGCACAAAAACAUCUGCGAAAGCUGGACCUUACCACAAUGAAAGACACAGCAAUUCUUCAACUACGUAAGGGGGCGGCCCGCGCGCCCGUGUACAGUAUUUCAUACAACCCAGCAGAAAAUGCCGUUCUAAUCAACGUCCGACACGUCAUCAAAGAGCAGUCAACGUACGAGCUGACCCAAGUACCCAAAAAUGAUAGGGACACUUCAGAACCGAAACGCGCUAACGGGCUGACGGCUCUUUGGGUAGCCAGAAACAAGUUUGCUGCGCUAGACAAGAACAAAUCGGUGUUUAUUAGAAAUAUGAAAAACGAAGUUACCAAGAAACUGGAACAUCACGCACCAGUAGACGAAAUUUUUGCUGCUGGUGUUGGCCAGCUGCUUGUCCAAGACUUCGAAGGCAUUUCGUUAGUCGAUGUUCAACAGAAUCGAGUGCUUGCUCAUGUAAAGGCGCCUAAAGUGAAGAUGGUCAUCUGGAAUCAGGAGAUGACCCGAGUCGCACUUCUGCAGCGAAAGAACAUUACGUUGUGUAACAGACGCCUUGAGAUUCUCUGUCAGCUCAAUGAGUCCACGAGGCUGAAGAGUGGAGCUUGGGACGAAGCGGCGGACGUGUUUGUCUAUACAACGUCCAACCAUAUUAAGUAUUCGCUCCUGAACGGUGACCACGGCAUCAUUCGCACCCUGGACCUGCCGAUUUACAUAACGAAGGUCCAAGGUAACAGUAUCUUCUGUCUUGAUCGAGAAGCUAAGGCUCGCGUGCUCACGGUCGACUCAACCGAAUACCACUUUAAAGUCGCCUUGGUCAAUCGCAAAUACGACGAAGUCUUGCAUAUGGUGCGUAACGCUAAAUUGAUCAGCCAGUCGAUCAUCGCUUAUCUGCAAAAGAAGGGCUAUCCAGAGGUGGCAUUGCACUUCGUCAAAGAUGUGAAGAUUCGCUUUGCGCUUUCACUUGAGUGCGGCAAUCUGGACGUUGCCCUCGAAGCUGCUCGGUCCAUGGAUGACAAAACCUGCUGGGAGAAGUUAGGCGAGGCCGCCCUAUUGCAGGGCAACCAUCAAAUCGUCGAAAUGGCCUACCAGCGAACAAAGAAUUUUGAGAAACUAUCUUUCCUUUAUCUGAUUACUGGUAACCUUGAUAAGUUAAAAAAGAUGCUUAAGAUUGCCGAGAUCAACAAGAACACAUCGGCACAGUUUACCAACGCGCUUUACCUUGGUGACGUCCAAGAACGCGUCAAGAUUCUUAAAAGCGUUGGUCAACAUUCAUUGGCAUAUCUUUGUGCUGCGACGCACGGUCUCGAAGAAGAAGCGGCUCGGCUAAGUGAGGUGUUGGCGGAGACUGCCGAAGACCGACCGCUCCCAAAGACGCUUGAUUCAGCUGUUUUGAUGGUCCCUCCACCGCCGGUUGCUCGUUGCGACGAGAACUGGCCACAGUUAAGCGUCAACCGCGGCUUCUUUGACACGGUGAACAUGCAGAACAAGAGAACGGCCGUGGCGGUAGCGAACGACAUGGAUGAGAUCGAACCGAGUGGCUGGGGAGAUGUUGGCCUUGGUGAGGAAGAAGGCGAUAUCAAACCAGAUGAUGCCGAGGGGAUGGUUGAUGGUGGAGGUGAAGGUGAAGGAUGGGACGUCGAUGAGGAAGAUCUGGACAUUCCUCCCGAGCUUCUGGAGGCAGGAGACAGUGAGGUUAACAAUGAUGGAUUGUUUAUUGCGCCUAGCCGUGGUCUAGCUACGACGCAACAAUGGGUCGAUCAGUCGCGCCUGGCUGUUGAUCACAUUCUGGCAGGCAGCUUUGAUACGGCUAUGAAGCUGCUUAAUGAGCAGAUUGGCAUCGUCAACUUCAAACCAUUCCAUAGCCACUUCAUUGCGACGUUUGCGCGCUCAAAAUCGGCACUUGAUGGUCCGCUUUCCAUACCAACAACGUACUGCUACUUACAGCGGGCGUAUGGUAAAAAUUCAUCAUUGCCGGCUCUCGGCUGUAAAUUAACCGACUUGAUAGAGAGGUUGCAGCAGUGCUACCAGCUUACGACAGCUGGCAAGUUCCAAGAGGCUGUUGAGAAACUUCGCUCUCUCCUACUGCAUAUUCCGCUGAUGAUUGUUGAGACGAAACAGGAGGUGAUUGACGCUCAACAACUCCUCGAGGUAUGUCGCGAAUACAUCGUUGGCCUAUCGAUGGAGCUUGAGCGCAAGGUGAUGCCCAAGGACACAAUGGAAGAACAAAAGCGAAUAUGCGAAAUGGCAGCAUACUUUACACAUUGCAAAUUGCAAACCAUUCACCAGAUGUUGACGCUGCGUACGGCUGUUAAUCUCUUCUUCAAGAUGAAGAAUUUUAAGACGACGGCGUCGUUUGGCCGACGCCUGCUCGAGCUGGGCCCGAAGCCGGAGGUGUCUCAGCAAAUUCGGAAGAUUUUGAUGGCAUGCGAGAAGACGCCCCAAGACAACAAUCCUGUGCAAUACGAUGAACAUAAUCCGUUUGACCUUUGCGCAGCAAGUUACGUGCCUAUAUACAGGGGCAAACCCGAGGUUCAUUGUCCGCUGUGCCAGGCAUCAUAUAUGCCACAAUUUAAAGGCAAGGUAUGUGUUGUCUGCGAGGUGGCGAAGAUCGGUAAAGAAAGUACCGGUCUACGGUUGUCGUCUCAGCAGUUUACACGGUAGAGCUCUAAAGGAAGCGAGCGCACAUAUUAAGGUGCAACGGGGUUAGUCUAGUGCCUACCACGAGAGCCCUGAGCACGACGCACUUACCGUACGCAGUAGUUUUUUUCCGUGCAGCGAAGUGCAUACCAACAAUGACCGAUGGUAGCAUUCGUUAAAUGGUCUCUGCAAUGCAUCUUAACGGACAAUAGUUAACAAGAGAACGUGACAAAACGUGCUGAUCCAAUUAGCACCAGGAGGAGUAGCAUACACGAACGACCGAAAACCAAACCAGCAAACGUUCGCGAAAUGAAAAAUGAGACACAUGUCAACAAAAGCUCCCCUUCCUUUAUUAACUGGUUGAUUGAUAAUGAUGGUGUAUGAGUUUGCGUGUGUGAAUGCGUACCAUCCUGUGGCCGUUUCCUGUCCGCAGCGCCAUUGCUUGCAAUUUAUAUAGCAUAACAAGAAUAAGAACGCAAGGAACUCACGUUGGGGAACAUGAGCUCAGAAAACGCCUAUUAUUUUCUUAUUUCAAUUAAUUCUGAUUCAUUUAUUAUAAAGAAGCCAAGGGAGCGUGGGUGCAUCUGAGCAAUUCAAUUGUUUCUAAGACAAAAUGCGAGAGAAACAUGUGACCCUUUCUAAUAGUGUAUGAACUUCAGCUCUGGCCAUCAUCACAGUAUAGUCAGUCAGCAGACACAAAUCAAUAACACUUAGCGUGACAAGCAAAGUUACCCGCCGUAAAGAAAAUUAAACGUAGCAAGCAACUUUUAAACGGGCCUAUGGCUGUAUCUGUCAGUGAGUGUAAACGGACAACAAAUUUAUGGUGGCGCGGGCGCAAUAGAUGAUUUCAAAUGUGAGGACAAAACCAAAUACAAAAAUAACGACAGAAUUAGUAUGUUUUUUUUGUGCCGGAUCGAUAUAGCAGGAUAAAGCUGACAAAAAUAUAUAGAUAGACAUAUAAAAAGAUAAAAAAAAAUGCGAUUUAAUGAAAAAAGAAGGCAGAAUAAGUGAGGUCGGAUGAACAGAAUCCAUUCACUUGGGAAAGUGAAAAAAUGUUGAAUGGGUAAGCAGAGGGUUUAUCAGAAAGAAAAUCUGCCUGAUUGGCAUAUGCAGAAAAUAUUACAAAGGAUAUUUGUUGGGGGUUAGCGUUGCAUGUAAGAUUAGUAUCUUAUAUAGAUGUAAUUAAAUAUAUGUUAGGGUUAAAAAGACGAAGUCGAUGACCUCGGGAAAUUCCGUCUCCUGGAAUAAGACAAGGCAGGCUCGUUGGCUGGCAUGAAGAGGACUCAUGGGAGGUGUUUUAUGGACGCGUACAAAGUUGUCUUAAAAGUUCAGCAGAACAGUCGGGUCCAGAAAGAGAGAGAGAGAGCGGUAGAGUUUCGUAGUAAUUGCAGAAAAAUGGCUCUAUCAUAUAGAGAGAAUGGUCCUCUAAGAUUAAGGACAAUGGAUAGUUAGAAAAUCCGGCAUAGACCUUCUCUGUUAUGCCUGGCGUAUAUAAGGUAACCGAUGACGAUGUGGAAUAACGACAACUGCUUUACGAGCAGAAAACACAUUCAAUAAACGUUUUACCCUAUUAAUUACA